UAAACCCCCUACCAAACCCCUGCUUUGCCGUCUCCACGCCGCUCCCUCCUCCCCGUCCACCGCCGCCUCCCUCGCUCAAUCUCCGGUAAGCACCUCUCCCUUCCACCAAGAACCGACGACGUACGUGCACCCACGCUGAUCGUUUGUCGCUGCUCGCUUGCAGGCUCUCGCGCGGGUCACAUGGCGCCGGAGGAAGGCGCGGCGGCCGCCAAGAACGUCGACGAGUGCCACGGCAGCGCCGGGGGCCGCUCGGCGAGGCUCCGCGUCAUGCACCCCGACGUGGCGGAGCUGCUCCACGGCCGGCGGACCAAGAAGCAGCAGGCGGCGCCCGCGCGUGCGGCCACGGGCGUGCCCGCUCUGUACUACGACUGCCCGUUCGAGGAAGACGAGGAGGGCGACCGCGGCGGGCUGGCGGUGGCGCCGCGGCUGGUGUGGGCCAAGGUGCGGGGCCACCCGUGGUGGCCGGCGCAGGUGUUCGACCCGGCGGACGCGUCCGCGCUCGCGCUCGGGGCGCGCCGGCGCCGCGGCUCCGCCCUCGUCGCCUGCUUCUGGGACAAGACCUUCGCGUGGGUGGCCGACGAGGGCGCGCUCCUCCCGUUCCGCGACGGCUUCCCGGACCUCGCCGCCAUCCACAGCCGCGUCCAGUUCGGCGGCACCACCCUGUCCCCGCUCGCCUCCGCCGUCGACGCCGCGCUGGGCGAGGUCGCGCGCCGCGUCGAGGCCGGUCUGGCGUGCGAGUGCGCCGUCAGCGACGGCGUCGCCAGGAGGCAGGCGAUCGACAACGCGGGCGUCCGGAGCGGCGCGCACGAGGCGGUGGUGGACGCCGCCUUCGCCAGGGACGCGCUCCAAGGCGAGGCCUUUGUCGGGUACCUCUCCGAGCUCGCCGUGGAGCCGCUCGCCGGGGCCGACAGGGUCGACCUCACCGUCGCCACGGCGCAGCUCAGGGCUUUCACCCGCUGGAGGGGCGCCAGGGGCCUCCCCGUCUACACGGCCUGCUUCGGCAUCGACGACGGCGCCAUGAUGGAGGCCACGCCGCGCCGUGCCAGUGCCAAGAGGAGAAGGGCAAAGGGAGGAGACGUCGUCGACAAAUGGAGCAUGUCAAGGUGCAGCAAGUGCGGCACGGAUGAUGGCAUGGAGCUAGACGAUUACUAGC